AUGGCCGGCCUAGGGGAACGUCGUGUUCCAGGCGGCGGCGAUGUCGGCCGCCGCGCCUCCUCCUCCGCCUCGCGCUGCUCCUCCUCGGCGUCGUGCUCCAGCUGCUCGAGGUACUCACCCUCGCAGCGCUCCUCGGCCAGUCGUCGCGAGCGCCAUUGCUCGAGGGCGAGUCGCUGCUCUGCCUCAUUUCGGCAGUACAACGGCGCCGUGUCUAUCGUCUGGUCGCCCCUCCUGGUGAAGGUCGUCGAGAAGGUGGAGCACGCCGACGGCCAGCACAAGAACGUGUUCUUGGACUCAGUUCGACGACGGUGGAUGUCACAGCUGGGCGCAUUCGACGCGGCCGUCCAGUCUGUCGGGCACUAG